AUGGAUGGUCUAAAUGAACUUGAAAAGCUCGAGUAUCUCUCACUCAUUUCUAAAAUCACCAGCGAACUUUUUAAUCACACUGGCCUCAAUGAUAAAACACUUGCCGAGUUUGUAAUAAACCUUCACGAACAGAAUCGUUCGCUGCCGGAAUUUAAAAAAGUUCUGAAUGAGGCUGGAGCAGAAUUUCCCGAGUCCUUUAUUGCAAAUCUGGAUCGUUUAAUACUUAAAAUGAAUCCAAAGUAUAAGAAGAAAGGCGACGACGUUAAUGGUGAGGCCAAAUCAGAAACAUAUAAUCCAGACGAAAAGGCGAAACUAUUUCCUGGUCUAGCGAUGCCUAAUGAUCCUGAAUGGCAAAAAUCAAGAGAUGAAGACGCCAAAGUUGCUGAUGCGACCUUUGCACAACUGGAGAGUCUAGAGAGUAUGGUCCGAUCAAAGAAGUUAGAGGCCAUGGAACGAGAUAGCAAACAUCGAAAGCGCAACAGGAGCAGAAGUUCCAGCAGAGAUGUCUCACGCUCGCCCCGGGGGGGCUAUGAGAAAAAUCGAAGAGAAAACUAUGUUGACGAAAGUCCGAUUUUAUAUAAAAUAUAUAACGGUCAAGUGACUAAUAUGAAAGAAUUCGGUGCCUUUAUAUGUUUGGAUGGAGUAAAGGGAAGAGUUGAAGGGAUGGUUCAUGUGAGCAUGCUUCAAGCGGGCGGAAGAGUAAACCACGCAUCAGAUGUCGUAUCUCGAAAUCAACGCGUAAAGGUCAAAGUCAUGUCUAUUAUUGGAUCACGGAUAAGCUUAUCAAUGAAGGAUGUAGACCAAGAGACGGGAAAAGAUCUUUCUCCGCAUUUACGUGUGAAGACUGAAGCGGAACUUGCCGCUGAAGCAAGCCGUAAUCCCGAGAAACCUUUGUCUCUCGCUCAGACUCCUAUAUUAGAAGAAGACGAAGAUACAUCAAGGUACAAACGCCUUUCAUCGCCCGAACGCUGGGAAAUCAAACAACUUAUAGCGUCUGGUGUACUUAAAGCGUCGGAUUAUCCUAAUUUUGACGAAGAGCAUGGUGUAAUGGAUAACAUGGAAACCGAGGAAGAAUUGGACGUUGAAAUCAGAGAAGAAGAACCACCGUUUCUCAGGGGUCAGACGAAGCAUUCUAUGCAAUUGAGUCCCAUCAAAGUCGUAAAAGCUCCCGAAGGAACAUUAAACCGUGCUGCUCUAUCUGGUGCCGCGCUCGCAAAAGAACGAAGAGAAUUAAGGCAACAACAAGCGAAUGCCGAGUUAGAUUCUGUUUCCCGUGAUGUUAAUACAGCUUGGCUAGAUCCUAUGCCUGAACCCGGUGAACGACAUUUUGCGCAAGAUUUGCGUAGCAUUGCCGCUGGUCGCAAAGCAGGCGAAGUGCCGGAAUGGAAGAGAGAGACGUUUAACAAGGCCACAAGUUUUGGCAGAAUAACAAACAUGUCAAUCAAAGAACAAAGAGAAAGUCUGCCUAUCUUCAAGUUACGCUCGCAAUUGAUUCAGGCUAUUACGGAUAAUCAACAAUUGAUUGUAGUUGGCGAUACAGGUUCGGGCAAGACAACACAGAUGACUCAGUACAUGUACGAAGAAGGGUUUGCGAACAGUCGAAAAAAAAUCGGUUGUACUCAACCACGUCGUGUGGCCGCUAUGUCUGUGGCCAAGCGUGUGGCUGAGGAAGUCGGUUGUCGUCUUGGCGAGGAAGUAGGAUACACAAUUCGUUUCGAAGAUUGCACGAAUCCUGAGAAAACAUGCAUUAAAUACAUGACGGAUGGUAUGCUGCUUAGAGAGUGUUUAUUGGAUCCUGAUUUGAACUCGUAUGCCGUCAUCAUUCUCGAUGAGGCUCACGAGAGAACAAUUUAUACGGAUGUGUUGUUCGGGUUAUUAAAACAAACUCUCAAGAAACGUCCCGAACUUAGGGUAAUAGUCACGUCCGCAACGCUCGAUGCAGAAAAGUUCUCGAAAUACUUCUUUGGCUGUCCUAUAUUUACUAUUCCUGGUCGCACCUAUCCUGUCGAGAUAUUGUAUACAAAAGAGCCAGAAUCGGAUUACCUGGACGCAGCGCUUAUUGCGGUUAUGCAAAUUCACUUGCAGGAACCGCCAGGCGAUAUUCUUCUUUUCCUGACUGGUCAAGAAGAAAUUGAAACCGCUUGUGAAAUUCUGUAUGAACGUAUGAAAGCUCUUGGACCUCAAGUUCCUGAUCUCAUAAUUUUACCAGUGUACUCUGCAUUACCUGGUGAAAUGCAAUCUCGUAUAUUUGAGCCAGCGCCUCCAGGCAGUCGUAAAGUUGUCAUUGCUACGAAUAUUGCGGAAACAUCAAUUACUAUCGAUGGCAUCUAUUAUGUUGUCGAUCCUGGGUUUGUUAAGCAGAACGCUUAUGAUCCUAAAAUUGGUAUGGAUUCGUUAAUUGUAACGCCGAUUUCUCAGGCACAAGGAAAUCAACGUGCUGGGCGUGCUGGACGUACUGGACCCGGAAAAUGCUAUCGAUUAUAUACAGAGGCGGCCUUCCGCAACGAGAUGCUUCCGAAUCCCGUUCCUGAAAUUCAACGGACAAAUUUGGCCCAUACGGUACUUACGCUCAAGGCUAUGGGGAUUAAUGAUCUACUUCAUUUCGACUUUAUGGACCCACCUCCUGUACAAACGCUUCUUACUGCGUUAGAGCAGUUAUACGCUCUCUCUGCUUUAGACGAUGAGGGCCUAUUGACAAGAUUAGGUCGAAAGAUGGCAGAAUUUCCAUUGGAACCGCCACUCUCCAAAGUGCUGAUACUUUCGGUCGACCUUGGUUGUUCAGAAGAGAUUCUUACCGUUGUUGCAAUGCUGUCCGUUCAGAAUGUCUUCUACAGACCGAAAGAGAAGCAGGCGGCGGCUGAUCAAAAAAAGGCCAAAUUCCAUCAGCCCGAAGGGGAUCAUUUAACUCUUUUGACUGUUUAUAAUGCGUGGAAGGCUAGCAAAUUCUCUAAUGCAUGGUGUUUCGAGAAUUAUAUUCAGUCAAGAAGCAUGCGUCGUUGUCAGGAUAUCCGCAAACAGCUAUUGGGUAUUAUGGAUAGGUAUAAGCAAGACAUUAUUUCCUGUGGAAAGAAUUACAACAAGGUUAGGAGGGCUAUAUGUGGUGGCUUUUUCCGUCAUGCUGCUAAAAAGGAUCCUCAGGAAGGAUAUAAGACUUUGGUUGAGGGUACGCCGGUAUAUAUACAUCCAUCCAGUGCACUGUUCAACAAAGGACCAGAAUGGGUGAUCUAUCAUGAAUUAGUCCUGACCACUAAAGAAUAUAUGCGAGAAGUUACCGCUAUCGAACCGAAAUGGCUUACUGAAGCAGCACCCAAAUUCUUCAAAGUGGCAGAUGCAAAUACUAUCAGUAAGCGCAAGAGAGGUGAAAAGAUUCAACCACUGUACAACAAGUACGAAAAGCCAAACGAAUGGCGUCUCAGUCGCGUCAAGAGGCAUCAAAGGGUAUCACAAACCUUUGGAUAA